ACGGUCUUCUUGGAGGCAGCGGUUUGACCAAUCAGCUCUUGCGCUCGGGUGACGUCGGCAUGACGUCUUUAUGAAAAAUGGCGGCUACGCGCAGCAGCGAGUUCGGCGACUUGGUUCAAAUUAAAAAGCAACUUAUUUCUAUUACAGCGCAGUGUAAGGAGAGAGGACUCGUCCACAGUGUGAAAUGGGCAUCUGAGCUGGCUUUUUCUUUGGAUCCGCUUCCUCUGAACGAGAUCCCUCCAGCGCCGGAGCUCACCGAGGAGGACGCCCGGGAUCUGGACGCCCUGUGUCUGGCCAAAUCAUACUUUGAUCUUAAGGAAUAUGAUCGCGCUGCAUAUUUCCUCCGCGGCUGCCGGAGUCAGAAAGCAUAUUUCCUCUACAUGUAUUCACGCUACCUAUCAGGUGAAAAGAAGAAGGAUGACGAGACCGUCGACAGCCUGGGUCCUCUGGAGAAGGGUCAGGUCCGAAACGAAGCCCUGCGAGAGCUCCGGGUGGAGCUGAGCAAGAAACACAGCGCCGGGGAGCUGGACGGAUUUGCGCUGUAUCUUUACGGCGUGGUUCUGCGGAAGCUGGACUUGCUGAAGGAGGCGGUGGAGAUCUUCGUGGCGGCGACACAUGCUCUUCCUCUGCACUGGGGAUCGUGGCUGGAGCUCUGCAAUCUCAUCACCAACAUCGAGAUGCUGAAGUCCCUGUCUCUGCCGGAGUGCUGGGUGAGGGAUUUCUUCAUGGCACACAUGUUCACCGAGCUGCAGAUGAUCAAAGAGGCGCUGCAGAAGUACCAGAGCCUCAUGGAAGCAGGCUUCGCCAAAAGCACAUACAUCAUCUCCCAGAUCGCCGUGGCUUACCAUAACAUACGAGAUAUUGAUCAAGCCUUAUAUCUGUUCAAUGAACUCCGGGAACAGGAUCCUUUCCGCAUCGAGAACAUGGACACCUUCUCCAACCUGCUUUAUGUGCGGAGCAUGAAGCCGGAGCUCAGCUACCUGGCACACAAUCUGGUGGAGAUCGAUAAGUACCGAGUGGAGACGUGCUGCGUCAUCGGUAACUACUACAGUCUGCGGUCUCAGCACGAGAAGGCCGCUCUGUAUUUCCAGCGGGCUCUGAAGCUGAAUCCACGCUGUCUGGGGGCCUGGACCCUCAUGGGUCACGAGUACAUGGAGAUGAAGAACACCUCCGCUGCCAUCCAGGCCUACAGACAUGCGAUUGAAGUGAACAAGAGGGACUACAGAGCCUGGUACGGACUCGGACAGACCUACGAGAUCCUCAAAAUGCCCUUCUACUCGCUCUACUACUACAGAAAAGCUCAUCAGCUGAGGCCCAAUGACUCGCGAAUGCUCGUCGCUCUCGGGGAAUGUUACGAGAAACUGUCUCAGCAAGUGGAGGCCAAAAAGUGUUACUGGAGGGCGUAUUCGGUGGGCGAUGUGGAGAGAAUGGCUCUUCUGAAGCUGGCCAAGCUUCACGAGCAGCUGAAUGAAUUUGAUGACGCUGCACAAUGCUACAUCAUCUACAUCCAGGACAUUUUCUCAUGUGGUGAGCAGCUGGAGCACGCGGAGGUCAGCACUGCUCUCAGGUAUCUAGGUCAGUACUACUUCAAGAACAAGCUGUACGACGAGGCGUCUCUCUGCGCUCAGCGCUGCUGCGACUAUAACGACGCUCGAGAGGAAGGCAAGGCUUUGUUGAGGCAGAUCUCUGCGGUGCGAGAGCAAGGAGAGCCUUCCUCCACAGACCUGAGCGUGCCCUGCGUCUUCAACCCGCUGUCUAACAACACCACACCCGUCAGGAGAGUGUCUCCACUCGACCUGUCCUCCGUCACACCCUGACACACCUCUCUACACACACUGUAAAUAACUGUUUGUACAGACAACGCUGCCUGUUAUAACAAAUAAACUGAUCAAACAUU